AUGUGGCUGGGCUUCUCGAGACUGCCGCCAUUCGUCAAAGCACAUCUCGCUUGUGGCGAGGAGACAGGUUUGGACUGGCUCUCUACGCUUCCGCCCGCAAGGGGUCCGUCAUCGUCGCACGAUGCGAGUGUCUGGACAGCACGGACCUCCAAAGCAUUCUGGCCUCGGAAGCUUUCUCAGUCACCCUACCUUGCGAUACCUCUCUCGACACCUCGAAUCAACACAGUCACAAUCAUGAACGUCGACCGACCAGCUCGUCAAAUACGCCUUCCAUGGAAGAACCGUGAGGCCAUCCUACCCAAUGAGGACGAGACCAUGGUCUCUCGUCGGAUACCGUUUUUGGGACACCUGCCGUUGAGCAUCAAGAAUCAUUUUAUUGCCAUGAUGGGUGAAUUUGCGGGGACCUUUCUCUUCCUACUGUUCGCACUCGGAGGCACCAAUGUCGUCAACGCAGCACCCGAACAAGGUCAACCGGAGAGUCUCGCGGCCAACCCGGCGAAAUUGCUCUUCAUAUCUCUGUGCUUUGGAAUGUCUCUGGCUGUCAACGCCUGGGUGUUCUUCCGAAUCAGUGGUGGACUGUUCAAUCCUGCGGUCACUCUUGGUAUGAUGCUGGUCGGAGCAAUGCCUUAUGUGAGAGGCUGCCUUGUCAUCAUUUCACAAAUUCUCGGCGGCAUCGCUUCAUCUGCUGUUGUAUCGUGUCUGUUGCCCGGACCCCUCAACGUACGCACAUCUCUGGGUGGAGGCACAUCUGUGACGCAGGGUCUGUUUAUUGAGAUGUUCCUAACGGCUCAACUGGUCUUCACGAUCUUUAUGCUUGCAGCAGAGAAGCAUCGCGCCACGUUCAUUGCACCAGUCGGCAUCGGCUUGUCACUCUUCAUUGCCGAGCUCAUGGGCGUUUACUACACGGGCGGCAGCCUCAAUCCAGCGCGCUCUUUCGGCCCCUGUGUCGUCCUACACUCCUUCUACUCAUAUCACUGGAUAUACUGGGUCGGUCCCAUCCUCGGCUCACUGCUCGCCAGCGGCUUCUACAUGUUCAUCAAAGCUUUGGAGCAUGAGACCGUCAAUCCUGAGCAAGAUGCGGCAGGUGAACCGGCUAGAGUGUUUGAUCCAAACACUGGUGUUGAGAAGAGAGUCGAUCCCGAGACGGGUGUACCUCGGGAUGGGGGCAACUUGUACAAUUCUAAUCAUGGGCAGAUGAGUACCGCUAGUGCUGGGGCUGCGAUGAUGAACCAUAAGAGGGGUAGUGAUGAGAGAACGCUUACUCGCGCGAAUAGGGAGCCAGAUCUCGAAGCUGGUAGAGGCAUGCCGGCGCCGUGA